AUGAGGCCAGGAAAAGAGCAGAGAGACCUUUGCUGGAGCGAUUUGCAAUUAAAAACAGAUUCGGAGGGAAACUGCUUCAUCGAGUUUAACAUUGAAAGACAAACGAAAACGCGUACCGGCGAAAACCCUCGAAAUAUUAGAGAGAAGAAACCUAAAAUGUACGAAGACAAGAGUAACGCAGAUCGCUGCCCUGUCAACACCUACUUGGCUUACAAAGAGCACCGGCCCACAAGCAUGAUGACCGAUGAAUUUCCUUUCUAUCUUGCGGUUAAUAACGAAAACCCGAAGCCUGGUCAAAUGAGGUUCAAAUGCUCUCCGCUUGGAGUCAACUCCUUGAGAAGCAUGCUCAAGAACAUGAUAAGAGAUUCGGGCCUAGAAACAGAUAAAAAACUUGUAAAUCACAGCACANACAAGAAAGCAUUUGGUUCAGAAGCUGGUUGA